CAGCACGAAUUUAUCCUGUCACCAAGGGGGUUUGUUGGGGUCAGCUUUUACUCGCAAGCCGCCAAAGAGAUUUCGGACAACGAAGAACCCUACGAGCCGUUGUUCUCGGGCAAAGCUGCGAAUGAGCGAGCACUCGGUCCGGCACAGUGCAUUCUAGAAAAAAAAGAUGUUCUCGCUGUCCGGGCAUGUUACCAAGCCCAUCAGCCAGAAGAAGAUAUCGUAACGUUUUACCCAUCCUGUUGCACGGAGACGCCGCCUUUGCCGGGCAAGGGGUAGUCUACGAGACCAUGCAAAUGGCCGAUGUGCCCGAUUUUGAUGUCGGUGGAACCAUUCACGUCAUCAUCAACAAUCAGAUUGGCCUCACCAUCAACCCCCUACAUUCGCUCUCGACGCCCUACUCGUCGGAUUUGGGCAAGGCCUUCAAUUGCCCCAUCUUUCACUGCAACGGCGACGAUCCCCUAGCAGUAUCGACGGCACUCGAGACCGCCGUCGAAUGGCGUCACGAAUGGGGCAUGGAUGUCAUUAUCGAGAUGGUCUGCUACCGUCGUAAUGGUCCCAACAAAUUGGAUCAGCCGGCCUUUACGCAACCCAAACUCUAUAAGGAACUUUCUCGACACCCACCGACCCUGGAUAUUUUCGAAAAGUGAUUGAUUGAAGGAGGAACCUUAUCCAAAGAAGAUGUUAAAAAAUCCGUGACUUUACGUUGGAAAGCUACGAGAAGGAUUUGGAAGCUUCCAAGAUGUAUGUGGAAAAGGAGACGGAUUGGUUGAGCUCCAGGUGGACCGGUUUCAAAGGGCCAUCACAGAUUAGUCGUAUUCGUCCUACCGGCAAUGAGAUGGACUCUGCGCAAGAUAGGAAUCCGAGCCGGAACGUGUACCGUCAAAUCGCUAAAAUCUUUAAGGCGCGUCGGGAAAUGGCAAAGGUAUCAAAUGGGGCACUGCCAAAAGCCUUGGGGUUUGGUUUGCUCCUACU